GUUCAAGGUGCUCCUCCAUGUUCAACGAAGGUGAAGGGUCUUCAUCUGACCCCAAAGUUGCCAAUAGAGCCAGGUUUGAGGUCGAACUCGAAUUCGUACAAUCUCUCGCAAACCCUUUCUAUCUACACUCUCUGGCCCAGCAGAAUAUCCUGGAACAGCCAGCCUUCAUUAAUUUUCUAGAAUACCUCCAGUACUUCCGGGAUAAAAACUAUGCUAGAUUCAUACACUAUCCUCAUGCAUUGCACCAUCUCGAACUGCUUCAGCAUGCUCAGUUCCGCGCCGAAAUGAAGAAGGACGAAUUUUUGAGAGAAUAUCUGAAUCAGAAACAGUUCGACCACUGGAGAACAUGGCGCGAUCCGUCGCACACGAACAAAACUAAUGAUACGUCCCCGGUGGACGGGGCAGAGGGACAUGGCAUGAUGAGUAGUACCUAGGAGCCGGUGCCUCGGCGCUUAAUCAAUAGUUACGAAACAUAAUGAUGAGAAUGUUCUUGAGAACAUCGAUGCCUGUCCAAUCAUUCCUCGUAUGUACGGAAAUGUACGAAUUCUUUUUCACUCUGGCGGCGAUUGCCAUCUUUGGACCGGACCGGGG